CCGCCCGCAGCCGCCGCCACCACCACCGCCGCCGCCGCCAUGAUGCUUGUUUGCUUUCAAUGAGUGUGAGGAGGAGGCGGGGGGGAGCCGCUCUCCCGUCCGGCCCGCGGCAGGAAACAAAGAGCCAGGCAGGCGGCGGAGCGAGGGCGGCGGGGGGACGGGGAUGCUGCAGCCACAGGAAUGCCCAAGGAAAAGUACGAUCCACCUGAUCCACGGAGGAUGUACACAAUUAUGUCCUCAGAGGAAGCAGCCAACGGAAAGAAAUCACACUGGGCAGAGUUGGAAAUAAGUGGGAAAGUGAGAAGCUUAAGUUCAUCGUUGUGGACGCUGACCCAUUUGACAGCUUUGCAUCUCAGUGACAAUUCCUUAUCCCGUAUUCCUUCAGACAUUGCCAAGCUUCAUAAUCUGGUGUAUCUGGACCUGUCCUCUAAUAAAAUCCGCAGUUUACCAGCAGAGCUCGGAAACAUGGUGUCACUCAGGGAACUACAUUUAAAUAACAACCUGUUACGAGUUUUACCUUUUGAGCUGGGAAAACUGUUCCAGUUACAGACUUUGGGUCUGAAAGGAAAUCCACUCACACAGGACAUUCUGAACCUUUAUCAGGAACCAGAUGGGACACGAAGGCUACUGAACUAUUUGCUUGAUAAUUUGGCAGGUACUGCAAAAAGAAUCUCAACAGAACAACCACCUCCAAGGUCUUGGAUUAUGUUACAAGAACCAGACCGUACCAGACCCACAGCCUUGUUCUCUGUCAUGUGUUACAACGUGCUGUGUGAUAAAUACGCUACCCGGCAGCUGUAUGGCUACUGCCCAUCAUGGGCAUUGAACUGGGAGUACAGAAAAAAAGCCAUUAUGCAGGAAAUCCUGAGCUGCAACGCUGACAUCAUAAGUCUUCAGGAGGUUGAAACUGAGCAGUACUACAGUUUUUUCCUGGUAGAAUUGAAAGAACGUGGUUAUAAUGGAUUCUUCAGUCCAAAAUCUAGAGCUAGGACAAUGUCAGAACAGGAAAGAAAACAUGUUGAUGGUUGUGCAAUAUUUUUCAAAACAGAAAAAUUUACUUUGGUUCAGAAACAUACCGUUGAGUUCAAUCAACUGGCUAUGGCAAACUCAGAAGGCUCAGAAGCUAUGCUGAACAGAGUUAUGACAAAAGAUAACAUUGGAGUUGCUGUGUUGUUAGAACUGCGAAAAGAAUUGAUAGAAAUGUCAUCCGGAAAGCCGCACCUGGGGAUGGAAAAGCAGCUCGUUCUUGUUGCUAAUGCACACAUGCAUUGGGACCCAGAUUAUUCUGAUGUGAAGCUGGUUCAGACUAUGAUGUUCCUAUCCGAGGUAAAGAACAUUAUUGAUAAAGCUUCUCGUAGUCUCAAGCCUGGUGUUGCAGGGGAACUUGGAACCAUUCCACUUGUACUGUGCGCCGAUCUCAACUCUCUGCCCGACUCUGGUGUUGUUGAAUACUUGAGCACUGGUGGAGUGGAAACAAACCACAAAGAUUUCAAGGAACUGAGAUACAAUGAAAGUCUUACUAACUUCAGUUGUAACGGAAAAAAUGGAACAACAAAUGGAAGAAUCACACAUGGUUUCAAGUUGAAGAGUGCCUAUGAGAAUGGUCUAAUGCCUUAUACAAAUUACACGUUUGACUUCAAGGGUAUUAUUGACUACAUCUUCUAUUCUAAACCUCAGCUAAACAUACUUGGCAUUCUCGGACCUUUGGAUCAUCACUGGUUAAUAGAGAACAAUAUAAGUGGUUGUCCGCAUCCACUCAUCCCUUCUGACCACUUCUCACUUUUUGCACAACUGGAGCUUUUGCUGCCUUUCCUGCCUCCUGUAAACGGAAUCCAUCUCCCUGGCAGGAGGUAGUUAAGUACAUUUUAGAGGGUAACCUCAAUCAAACCUGUACAAUUGUAAAAUCUGAAUAUAGAGGAGUGAGGUAUGGCCAACAGGGAUUUUUUUCU